AUGCACGUUCAAUGGUACUCAUCGAUUUUCUUCCUGCUUGCGAAAUCACCAAGUUUCUGGAGCAUAGGUCAAAACAGGAACUACGGUGGCGUUGAGGAAGUCAACACGGAGCCGGGUAUUCCUGAUUAUCAAUACAUCCUUGAUGAUCUUAUAACCUCCCCAGGCCGCUCGUUUCCUCGUGCCCAACUCGAGGAUCAGCUCGUUCUUCAUGUUCAUUUCCAGACCCAGACAAACGAUGCUGGUGCGUUCGAAUGUGUUCCUUCCGUUGAGAGUGAAUGGGUCAUCCGAGACCCAUCCGCUCCGCAUGAACAUCGUCUUUUGCAGAUUCACCUGAAGACCGAUGCAUCCACAUGUUUCGUCGAAUUCGGUUAG